AAAUUCAAUUUCAAACCUCAUUUCAGUCUUUUUAUCCUCCUUGUUCCAAACUCUCAUUCGUCCUAUAGAGCUUCAUGGGUUCAAAACAUCAGCAGCUGCACAUCUACUUCUUUCCUGUGAUGGCUUAUGGCCACAUGAUCCCAAUGGUAGACAUGGCCACACUGUUUUCUGGCCACGGCGCCAAGGCAACCAUUAUAACAACACCCCUCAAUGCUCCUCUCAUCUCUAAAACCAUAGACAUGGAUACCAAACUAGGCUCAGACAUCAGUAUCCGCCUUAUUAAGUUCUCUUCUUCGGAAGUAGGGUUGCCAGAAGGAUGUGAGAACCUAACUUCUGUUACUUCUCCAGAAAUGGUUCUGAAGUUUUACAAGGCUAUUGAUCUGCUUCAAGAACCAUUCGAACACCUCUUGAGGGAAGACCAUCCCGAUUGCCUUGUGGCUGACCUUUUCUUUCCAUGGGCUACUGAAGUAGCGGGCAAGCUUGGGAUUCCAAGGCUGGUUUUCCAUGGUACCGGUGUCUUCCCUCUUUGUGUCUAUCACAACUUAAUGUGCCAUAAACCCUUUGAAAACAUUGAAUCUGAUUCAGAACCCUUCAUUGUGCCAGGACUUCCAGACACAAUAAAGAUGACAAGACAAGAACUGCCGGAUCAUCUUAGAGAAGGAACUCAAAACCAUAUAACCACUUUACUUGAAAAAGUUAAGAAAUCGGUGGAGACAAGCUAUGGAGUUCUCGUUAACAGCUUCCACGAGCUGGAACCGGCUUAUUCAGAAUAUUACAGAGAGAUUAUAGGAAGAAAGACAUGGCAUAUUGGUCCAGUUUCGUUAUGCAACAGAAACAAUGAACUUAAAGGCAAGAGGGGAAAUAAAUCCUCAAUUGAUGAACAAGAGUGUUUGAAUUGGCUCGACUCUAAGAAACCAAAAUCAGUACUCUAUGUAUGUUUUGGAAGUUUAGCCAAUUUUUCAGCUGCUCAGCUACUUGAGAUAGCAAGGGGUCUUGAAGCUUCUGAACAACAAUUCAUUUGGGUGGUUAGAAAAGAGAAGCAAGAAGAGGAAGAGUGGUUGCCAGAAGGGUUUGAGAAGAGAAUGGAAGGGAAGGGUCUGAUAAUAAGGGGGUGGGCACCGCAAGUGCUCAUCCUUGAACAUGAAGCCGUUGGAGGGUUUGUGACUCACUGUGGAUGGAACUCGUUGCUGGAGGGAGUGACUGCAGGAGUGCCAAUGGUCACAUGGCCACACUUUGCAGAUCAGUUUUCCAAUGAAAAAUUUGAGACAGAUGUUUUGAGGGUAGGAGUGAGAGUGGGUGCUCAGGGAUGGUCUAGAUGGGCAGAGGAUAAUAAGGCCUCUGUAAAGAAGGAAGAUAUAGAGAAGGCAGUGACUCAGUUAAUGGUUGGUGAAGAAGCUGGGUUAAUGAGAAACCGAGCCGGGGCACUGCAAGAUAUGGCAAGGAGGGCCGUUGAAGAUGGUGGAUCAUCUUACUCUGAUUUGAAUGCUUUACUAGAAGAACUGAGGUCCAUCCGCUCCUGAUUCUAAAUAUUAGAACAUCAUCUAUAAAUAAAUCGUAUGUUCUAAGGACUUCAAAUACCA